UCAGGGAGCACGCAGCGCGGCGAUCGGCAGUGCUCUGUGUCUCUCGGAAACAGCGGAUCACCGAUCCACGGAAAGAGCCAAAGAUGUCGGCUCGGUCAUGUGAUCAGCUGUGUCCAAUCACAGCUGAUCACAUGGGACAUGUACACUGAUCAUCAUCAUCAUGAUGAUCAGUGUGCCCUGAUUGAUCAGUGUGGCCCCAGAAGUGCCACCUGUCAGUGUCCAUCAGUGCCAGCUGUCAGUGCUGAACAGUGCCACGUGCCAGUGCCCAUCAGUGCCACAUCAAUGCCACAUAUCAGUGCCUACCAGUGCACAUCAAUGCCACAUAUCAGUGCCCAUCUGAGCUGCCCUUCAGUGCCACCCAUCAGUGCCAGUCAGUGCCACCUAUCAGUGCCACCUAUCAGUGCUGCCAGUCAGUGCCGCCUAUCAGUGCCAGUCAGUGCCGCCUAACAGUGCCAGUAAGUGCCACCUAUCAGUGCCAUAUAUCAGUCCUGCCUUUCAGUGCCCAUCAGCG